GAGAGGCAGGUAGGUGGGGGGAGAGGCGACAGCGGGUAGAGCGUGUAUUCGCCGGGGGAAGGCCCCGCCUGCGCGCCCCGCCCGCCGCUGCGCCGCGCGGCUCAGUUCGCGCUCGUCGCCACGCUACCCGCUCGUAACGACCACUCCGCUUCUUUUAAAACAUACGCGAAAAAAUGUGUGUUCCUUAUUUAAAAAUUUGUGCGUAGCGGACGUUAAUUAUUUAGAAUUAAAAGCAAAAAUGUUAAACACGUGAUUUAAUUUGUAAUUAGAAUCUUAUUGGACUUUUCUUCAGUGGACAAUGAUUUUAAAACGGAGACAGUCGAGUGAUAUGACGGUUUGUAUUGAGUGUUGAUGGAUGUGGAGACGGAGGGCUGGUCGCGGGCCAGGAUGGUGGCGGAGGAGAGCAAGGCCCGCGCCACGGACUUCAGCAUUGCGGCCAUCAUGGCCCGCGGGGAACCGCGCAGCCCCGUCGCCGUUUCACCGACGCGUACUGGUUCAGUGUCGCGGCAGAGUUCUCCCGCGUCGCUCAGCUCGCCAGCAUCCAGCUGUCGAUCACCUGCGCCCGACGAGGACGUGGAAGUCGACGUGGAGCAGUGUUCUGACGGGGAGGACGGCUCCGACCACGCUGCGCCAUCACCCGCGCCUUCCUCAGAGCUAGGGGAGCGCGACACGCCGUCGCCCGCGCGGCCCCUGCCGCCGGCCACCUCCUGCAACUGCGAGGAGCUGCUUACGGUGGAUUGUCAGCUCGAGACCAAGGAGCUCUGGGACAAGUUCCACGACCUCGGCACCGAGAUGAUCAUCACCAAGACCGGGAGACGUAUGUUCCCGACGGUACGCGUGUCGUUCGCGGGGUGCCGCGCGGAGGCGCGCUACGCGGUGCUGCUGGACGUGGUGCCGGUGGACGGCAAGCGCUACCGCUACGCCUACCACCGCUCCUCGUGGCUGGUGGCGGGCAAGGCGGACCCGCCCGCGCCCGCGCGCCUCUACCCGCACCCCGACUCGCCCUUCUCCGGCGACCAGCUGCGCAAGCAGGUCGUCUCCUUCGAGAAGGUCAAGCUCACUAACAACGAGAUGGAUAAAAAUGGACAGAUCGUCCUAAACUCGAUGCACCGGUACCAGCCCCGCAUCCACCUCGUGAAGGUGCGCGACGGCGGCGGCCCCAUCACGGACCUGGCGCGCGAGCAGCACCGCACCUUCGUCUUCCCAGAGACGGUGUUCACCGCCGUCACGGCCUACCAGAACCAGCUUAUCACCAAGCUCAAGAUCGACUCUAAUCCCUUCGCAAAAGGCUUCAGGGAUUCUUCGAGGCUUACAGACUUUGAUAGAGAUCCGAUGGAGCUGAUGCUGAUGGAGCAGCAGCUGCUGCGGUCGCCGCUGCGGCUGUACGCGGGCGGCGCGGGCGGCGCGGCGGGCGACGAGGAGGCGGAGAAGCGCGCGGCGUGGGCGCGCACGCCGCCCGCGCUGCAGCUGCUGGCGCUGGGCGGGCGCGGAUGGCCGGCCGCCUGGCCGCAGCCGCUGGCGCUGCCGCCCGACCUGUGGAUGCAGAAGCCGCCGGCGCCGCUCCGCUACUGCCCCUACCCUCCGCCGGCGCACGCGGCGCCCUCCGUGAGGCCCGACCACGCGCCCUCCCCGAGGCAUCCCCUGUGAAUCUUGUGCCGACUUUCCUGAGACAUUCCAAAAGACGAUCUGCGAUGUGCGAGUAGACUAAACACUAUCGAAAAUGUGCUGUGAGGACUUAUAUAAACACUUAAAUCUACACGUAGUACCUACUUAAUAGUGAUUUAUAGUUAUGAGUAUCAGAGUAUCGUUAAGAAAGUAAUUACAUGGUUCCUACCGGAAAAGAUUUAACUUGUAUUGUUAAUAUAGAUCAGAUUCUAACAUUAGUUACCUGAUAGGUACUUAUCCGAUUAUCGUAUUAUUUAACAUGAGGAUAGUCUUUCGAAUUAUCUAUGUUUUGUUGUUUCUUCUAACCUCUCGAAUCACCACGGAGUAGAUAAUCAGGUCAGCAAAGAGCCUCAAAGUUAAAUUUAAUUUUAUAUAAGUUCUAGGUCGUUUAAUGCUGGCUCAUAUUUAGCCCGUGUGUGGCAUUCAAGGGCUUAGCUAUAAAUAAACUCAUCACGAAAACUUUGAACCAAAGAGCAUUAUAAUUUGAAUGCAAUUUUGUAAACAAUAAAAUAACUAUUUGUAGAACUAGCGACUAGACUCCUCAUUAUUAUCUAUGGAAAUUAUGAAGAAGUUAUAUAACAUUCCAAUAAGAUUUUAGCAUAAUAUUUAGAAGUCAACGGGCUUGAUAAUAUCAUAACUUCACUGUAUGGAAUUUGUAAAAGCAAAUAGAUGUUUCAACAGGUGGAACAGAUAUGAUUAAACGAAACUGUCAUUAGCAUAUGAGUUUCCUAAAAUGUUGGUGUAAGUGAAUUAUACAUAUGUAAUUUUAUGUACAGAAUUAUUUUUUUAUAUCAUAUUGCUUAUGUAGUUACUAUACGAGUUACGGUCGUAAUCUGCAAAUAAGUACCAUUUAUUUUUGUCAGAACAGCACUACUAUUCUGUUUGGACUGAGACAGAAUAUACGCCCUACCCUACAACAUUUCCAUCCUCACCACUAAGAUGGUUGGCAGUCCUCAACUGUUCGUUUCUCCAGAAACCUUACACAGCUAAACUGUGGAAUGAAAUGUCGCCUGCGGUAUUUCCGGACCGGUACGACCUUCAAACCUUCAAGAAAAGAGCGUACUCCUACCUUAAAGGCCGGUAACGCACUUACAACCCCUCUGGUGUUGCAGGUGUCCAUGGGCGGCGGUAAUCGCUUACCAUCAGGUGAUCCGUCUGCUCGUUUGCCUCCUGUAUCAUAAAAAAAUACUCCUUGGUCAGUGAAUAAUCUUGCUGUUAUGUUCAAAUUUUAAGUGGUUGCUACCAGGGUCCUGUUUUAUAUAAAAUGUUAGUUAGCUUUUAAAGUUUUAUAUUACAAUUUUUAGUCCUAAUAGUUAUUUUCUGCGUCUAUUUCUAUAGAGCUACUAAUUAAAAGUUGACAUGUUUAAACUAUACUAAUAAAUUUCCUUACAAAAUAUAAUUCACUUACAUCACAUCGUGUAUUCGCAUGUAAAAUAUAGAAGAUAUGUAGGUAUUUAUAUUCCAUUAGUAUUGUACCUUAUGAAGAUGUAUGUAUUGUAUAGCGAUUGAUUAAAUUAUUUUUGUAGGAUAAGCACUGUACAUAUGGAGAUCACUUAGAUGUUUGUAUUGAUAAGAAGUUAUGGAAGCGUUUUAGUGGGGACUGCGUCGCUCACAUUGUACGAGCACCUAGAAUCACUUGACAUAAACCGAAUAUUAUUUAUGAUUAUUGUUUUAUAACCAGAAUACGUAAAGUCAAGGUAUUAAAUAUCGACACGGAAAAUCUACCAAAAAUAUGUACACACUACUUUUAUGUAUAGGCAAUAAGGUCGUGUAUACACAUUUUUGGCGCUUUGUGCCGAUAUUUAAUACGAAUGUACCUGGUUUGUGUCUAAAGAGUUAUUGCGUAAUUUAGUUUUUUGGUUGCAAUAGGUAUAGCGAGCGCAUUUUAUUUAAUUUUUUUUAAACUAAUGUUCUAUGAACUUACAUAUUGGUUGGAGAUAUGAUGUCUACUUAUAAUGUCUUAAUUCUUGAUCGACCAUUAUAGCAAUAUCACCAGGAAAGUCACUGACAAUCUAAGUUAUUAAUUAUGUCGUAAUGCUAUGCGCCACUGGUAAAUCAAGUGUAAAAGUGUAAAAAUAUUAAAAUAGAAAAUAUUUACUACACAAAACUUUUGCACGCAAGACAAAUACUGGCCUGUAUAGAUUGCUGUGAAGUUUAUUGUUAAAGACAUAAAUAGGUAUUUAACAUGUUGAGUGCACUGCUCUUGUAGGCGUUCAAUGCUGCAAUGUGAUAUGAUUCUGAUUUAAAUAUUUUACAUUUUUGAGCUCUAACAUUAUUUGAGUAGUAGAAAAACGUUUGUUAUUCUAGUAUAAACCAUACCUGAUUAUUUUGAUAAAGGUCCAAAACAAAUCAAAUUGUAUCUUACCUACUACAAAAUGUAUUAAAAAAAAAACAAUAAUUGUAAGGAACAGAGAACCAGAUUAAAAGUCCGGACUGGAAUAAUCCACAAUUUGUACCUACAUCUGUUUUACAAUUUGCUGAAGUAUUAUUUCAAUCACAAUUGUGAAAUAUUUCUCUACACGUGUGUCCCGUCAAAUAAAUAGAAUACUCUGAAAAAGUUCAAAAAACAUUUUAAAUUCCUACAAAAUUCUACUCGCAAAACCAGAGUUUUUUCAGUGUUAGCCAUACUCGUGAAAAAAUACAUGUAAGUAUUAUUUCUUAAUAUUAGCGGCAUACCGAACAUAUGCAUCAAUACUACGAGUAUAUUGAGAAAUAUCCUAUAAUGUUUUGAGAAUGCACUUUUGAUAUUAAUUUAGAACACUGUCUCGAAUCUAACAUCAACCUUAGAUUCGAAACCCUUGUAAAUUAACAUCUACAUGCAAUGCAAAAAUUGACUAUUAGAGGACUGUUAUAUAUAGUUAGAUUAGGUAUUUAGUACCUACUUAAUCUAGUAAAAACAAUAGCUAGGUUUCCCCUACAGUUUUGCAUCGCAAUAACUUUGAAACCUAAACCUGCAUCUGCAUAAUACAAUCGGUGUUACAAAACACAUUAAAUACAAUGUAGCUAUGCACACGAGUUGAUAUCGUAACAUUUGUGUCGAUGUGACAUUUAGAGGCAUACAUUUCCCAAGCUUUUAUUGAUGAUUUAGAUUGUGAUCGAAAUUUCAACUUUCGGCGCCUGAUGUAAAGCACUUAUUGCUAUGCAGUAAAAUUUAUUGUGAGCUUUUCAAUGUAAACUUAAUAUCUUUGUUUAACCUUUUAAACGCCACUUGUUAAACCCAAGAACGUCAUGCACACGCCAAUAUCUCUGGCAUAAACUAGCAAAUGUAAAUUUAAUCGUACUGGGAACGUUUGUAGGUUACCUUUGACAAUGUAUGCACUACAGGCACUACUCCUUAUGACGCUUUUACGGGUUCUUGGAGUUCAAAGGGUUAAAAGUGCCGUGUGAUAGUGCUCUCAGUUGGAAAGGUAACUGGUCAUUUUAAUUCUAUAGGGUAUUGGUACUUAUGUAUAACUCUUAUAGGGGAGACCGAGGUGAGUUAAAACAGGUAGUUUGAAACAACGACAAUUUUUAAAUACCUAUAAAUUUCAUCGAGCUAGAAAAACACAUGUUUAGCGACAUCCCACCGUCCGCUGGUCCCUCAAUAUGAUUGUAUCCUUGCCUCAAGAUGAUUAUAAACACCGCAAAAUUGACGUUGCCUCAACUUAGGUACUUCCGUUUAAACUCACCUCGGUGUCCCCAAUACUCUGCAUCUUUAGGUUUAUUUCUUUAGUUUUAUUUGAAUACCGAAAGAUACAGAGUAUAGGUAAGUAAUCACAGACAUGAACAAAGAAAAAAAAUUAUAUUUUAACGUCAUAGAAAUCUUAAGCAGCAUUAAUAAAUCCAAACUACAUAAUUAUAGACCCAGCUACUACUAAAAAGCUUGAUACUAAAAUGAUCAUCUACUUUUGAGGCUGACUGUUUAAUUGAUACUUAUUAUAUUCUCUGAUUAAAGUUGUGGGUCUGUAUAUUUAAAAAGAGGCUUUAGAGCAAUUGAAACCUUUGUCAAUAUUAAAUAAACUAGUAUAUUUGUUAUCUUAGCGACAAAUAGCCUGAGGUCCCUUUUUAUUAUACCAAACAACACCAAAAAAAGGUGCACUGAAUGUGAGCGCGCAAGAUAGCGACAUAUCAGGGCUCGGCCCUAUGUGCUAAUAAACUAAAACUAAUUC